AAUACACUAAUUUAGCUUCCUGGAUAUUUUCAGUGUGUUUUAUAGAUAUAUUAUUUAAAAUCGUAUUGCUUUCUUUUAGAAUGAAAAAGUGCUGUAAGAAAUAAAUUCCCUACGAAGGAAAGAAAAUUAUUUCUUUGGAGUUAUUCAGCAGAGAAAUUUGUUUUGAAAAUUACCUUGAAAAUGAUGUUUUGGAUUACUGUUCUAUUGCUGACUCUAGAAAGACACAUUUCUACAUCUCUGAUUAAGAAGUCGCCCAUCACAUAUUUACUGCAAAAUCCGAAUGAACACUAUGAUUUCACUCAUCUGAUAGCAAAUGAUUCCAAAACUGUUAUCGUGGGUGGCACAAACUAUAUCCACGUGGUAUUCACGGGUAACUUAAGCAUAAAAGUCUCAAAGAAAAUUGGACCAGAACUUGAUAAUCCUAACUGUAUAUAUCUCCAAAACAAGGACUGUAUUAAGUCAAUGUACAAUAGUUACAUUAAAGUUCUAUUAAUUAACAAGCAAAGGCAGCCAAAGGAAGACGUGCUCAUAAUAUGUACAACAUUAUUUCAUGGCAGCUGUAGAAAAAGGAGUGCAUCAACUUUGGAACUGCUUCCUGGUUCAGGCCAAAGGUCAGGACAUCCAGUUGUGGCUAAUAAUAGCACUGCCUCUACUGUGGCAUUCCUUGCACCAGGGCCAAAAAACUCAACAGCUAUGUACGUCGGGGCCUCCUGGACUAACACAGGGUCUAGACCCAUAAGAAGUCUUGUACCUACAUUUAGCAGCAGAAACACAGUUGACUUUGAUUUCACAACCUAUCUUUUAGCACAAAAAUCGUACACUAUGGUGGAUCAAACUUAUGUUGAUUCAUUUCCCAUUCGAUACAUAUAUGGCUUUGAAUUGGAAUAUUUCAGUUAUAUCGCAACAAUUCAAAAACAGACGUUAAAGGCAGAUAACUACGUGUCCAAAUUGAUACGUGUUUGUCAAUUUGACAAAUUCUUCUAUUCAUACGCUGAAACAUCACUAAGUUGUGUAUACAGUGGAAAAUCAUAUAAUCUGUUACAAACAGCGCAUUUAAGUAAAGCAGGGCGCUAUUUAGCCAAGGAAUUGGGGAUACCAGAAAAUGAACGUGCUUUGUUCGCUAUGUUCGGAUACGGCAAUCCAUAUGAUCCGAAAAACAGAGUCAAAGAAUCAGUCUUGUGUAUCUUUCCUUAUAAUUACAUAAAAAAAGUGUUCACUCGUAAUACACAGAAAUGUUUUCAAGGCAUCGGGAAAACUGGACCGGAUCAUCUAGUUUUACCAAAUAACUGUCUAUCUACAAAUUUAGACAUUGGAGAAAAUUAUUGUGGCCAGUACGAAUUCAACCAUCCAAUUGACGGCCCAGAACCUAUCUCGUCUACAGGGGUUAUCUCGUUAGAUAUCACUGCUUCUUCGCUGAUGUUGACCACCACACAAAAAGGUCAUACUGUAGCAUUUGUCGGAACUAGCUCAGGUAAAAUAAAGAAGAUUAAAAUUCAGACAAGUUCGAUUGUAAAGGAAUAUGAUGAAUUAUCUAUAGAUACUGGGAUACCUAUCACAAAAUAUAUAUUUAAUGUUGAUGAUCAGAAUGCCUUAUAUGUGCUUACUUCUAGGAAGCUUAUCAAAAUGGACGUGGAAACUUGUAAACACAAAGCUUUAUGCGAUGAGUGUGUUGAGGAUCCAUUUUGCGGAUGGAAUUCGCUGUCAAACAUGUGUGAUACAUUUAAAAGCAGUUCAGGAACUCUAGCAUCUACCUCACAAUGUCCGAGAAUAGCAAAUAUGACGAAAACUCGUUCCAACAAGACUGGAAUUGCAAUUCUAGGUAUUGACAACUUGUCCAUGCUUAAAGGAAAUUACACGUGUCGAUAUAGCGGGUAUGGUACAGAGAUCAUGACAGAUUUCAAGAGGAUUGGUAAUGAUAAUGUACACUGCAUCAUGCCACAGAUGGAAACAUUACCAUCAAUUAUAAACCAAAAAGGUUGUAUAAGGAUGAAAAUAUCUAUCCUGUUUGAGAAAAGACCAAUGCUAUCGAAAUCCAUCGAUUUCUUUGAUUGUGAAUUGGAGGUAACCAACUCUUCCUGUUUAGGAGAAAAUUGUACAGUUGAUGGCUUUUGGAGUUCCUUUGGUGUUUUUGGAGAAUGGAGUAGUUGUAAUCAAACGUGUGGUGGAGGGCAUAAAAACAGAACUCGAUACAGAUCCUGCACUGAUCCCCCUCCGUCAGAGGGAGGGGAAGUUUGUCAGGGGUCACCCCUAGACAGAGAGAUACAGCAGUGUAAUACACAGGAAUGUCCGGUGUACGGUACUUGGACAUCCUUUGAAGAAAUUCUAGAUUGGAGUCAGUGUAGCCAAUCCUGCGGUAGGGGGACACAGAGACGUGUGAAAAUAAGAACAUGCAUUCCGUCCAAAAUCGAGAAUGAAACGGAAAUUUGUAAUGGAUCAGCAAAAGUACAAUACACCCGUUCAUGUUCGUCUAACCAAUGCCCUUCGGAUGACAACGGUACAAUGAAGAUACUAGCAUUUGUUGGAGGACCAGUUUUGCUUAUGUUAUGUGUGUUCAGCAUUGCAUGCAUUUGUUAUCGUCGGAGAAGCAUUGAAAGGAUUGUUCAUAACCAGUCAUUGGCACCACAAGAUCAGAAACUCCCACUGGAAGAUGAAGAACCCAGUCGUUCACACUAUAAUUACAUUACUGAUAUGAAAAGAGAUAAUGAAGACGACUUGGAAGUGUACAAUGAAAUUGUUGAAUUGGAUGAACUCGAUUAUUUAACACCCAUAAAUGCCGCAAACUCCUCAAAUUCUGAAAAUACUGACACUAAUGGUACACCAUUACUUGGUCACAACGGCUAUUCCUCAGACAAGUAUUACAUGUUGAAUGCUGUCAGACAUGAUAACCCUUACAGAGAUCUAAACCAUUUAUUGACGGAUGGAACACCGAACAAUUUGACUUCAAACGAAAACAACACUUCUGAGGAAGUUCAGUAGGCAGGGCAUCAUGCGAUAUCACAUGUAGCUGUUUGUCACAAGAUUUGAAUUUUUCACUAUACAUUUUAAAGCCAUAUGAAUCUAUUUCAUAAUUUCAAUCAUUUCUUUAUCCUAGCUCAAAGCAGUCACAUGAAUUGCCGUUUUAUUUUUUAAAGCUGAACACGACUCGUAAAUAGACAAACGCCAUUUUCGAUAU